AUGACUCGACUCUCAUAUCAAUUGUUACGCAAAAAUUCACGAGAACAUCAAAAAAUGAACUAUCAUAGAAAACACGCAAAUUGUAUGUGGUUCGCCUCUUCACACUUCUCCAGAUUAACACAACAGUUUUUGUUAAAAACAAAGAUCACAUAUGGGAUUUGUCUUAUCGGAAUUGUAACUUUCAUAAAUUUAGUCGUUAAUGGUGCUAUUUUACAAAUGAUUUUUUUUUCACAUGGUUUAAUUGGUGCUUCACUUUUUUUCUUAGCAAGAACAAGUUAUGAUCGAACACGCACUUUGGUUUAAGAUCAAAUGGGUGGAAUAGUUAU